AUGGCACAAGAAUGGAGACCCAAUGACGGACCCGCAUCUACGCGCUCCCUUCUCAUAAGUAAAAAGAAGGUGAUGCCGCUGCAUCAGGAGAGAAUGCAAUCACACCCAAGAUCACUGCAGACUCCCAUUCCUCAGACACCGUGCACACCUCAGGCUGAUUCUCAUCACUAUCACACAUCGAAGCGCCGCCCAAUUCGCAUUUUCAUUGGUUCGUGGGCUAUAUAGCGAGAUACAUUGGGGAAGAUAUAUACAAUAUGAAGUCCUUUCUUCUAAUCAGCUUCCUGCUGAACUUUCUCCUCCUGAAUGCUACGGCUCAAGAUUUCAUUACUACCGCCAAACCAACUGCUACUUCAUCUGUUGUUCUUACGCCUGAAAUGUCUGCAAGCGCCGCUUCCUCUUUCUUCUCUUCCUUAGCAACUACAGCACCCCAACAACCCGGAGAAGGCGAGUUUUGCCUGAAUCCAGACCCCCGUCAUAUUCAACAAAAAGCUGAUACUUUUGUUUUUUAGCUCUUCCUGGAGAUGCUGGAUCAAACGCCGGAGCUGGAGAUAGUGCAGCUGGUGCAGCUGGGCAUGAUGCGGGUUCAAUUACUCUGUCGAGAGGAGCUAUAAUCGCAAUCAUUGUCAUUGCAAGCGUGGUUUGCAUUUUUGGUAGUAAGCCCAGCCCUUCCAUAGAAAAAGCCGAUGCCUGGGUUAACCAUACUUGUAGUUGCCAUGUCAGUACUUUGGUACUUUGCGAAGAAGAGAUCAUGGGAGGUCCGCGCGACACUCAGGAAAUCCGCACGAAAAGUCGCCAGCGCCUUGACUCCAAGAAGAACAACCUUUCCAAAAGACGUGCAGACCCCUCGAAGGUCCACUAGAGGUUUGACCAAGAUUGAAGAGGUCCCCAACACACCAAGAAACCAAAACAACGACAUCGAGAAGGGAGGAAAGAUGGCAGCAUUUGAGAUGUCUGAGCCACCAAAAAGUUCCAAAUGGGGAAGGAAGCUAGGCCGAUAAUCAAGGACAAGGUCCUGUGACGAAUUUGAUAUCCCGUUUGAUAUUUGUGGUCUGAUAAGCGUUGGCGUUCGUUUG